AUGAACCGUACUCCACUCAGUGCUACAGUUCGAGGGAAUAUGGGAGCCAGAACGCGUUCGAUUUCAUCCAUAAUGGGUUUCCAUGCAUCUACUGCUCGUCCUCAGAUCAAAAUUAUUAACUCUGCUGCUUUGAAUAAUGGAAGAUCAUCAAAUCAGUUACUACCUGCACUAUCCGAAAACAAGGAUAAAGGAAUCUCUUCAACGUACUACAACUAUAAUAAUAUUCCAGCGGUUACAAUAAACAAAGAAUUAACAUCCAGAAUUAUGUGUCUAACGCCAAACCUUGUUCAGAUAUCGGAAUUUACACAAAGCUCACUUGCAACAGAUUCUUUCAAGCAUAUUUCAGAUGAAACAGCCCUUCAUUUGUACAAUACAAUCGGCCAAAUUAUCUUUAGACCCCAUGAAGACAUGUCCUAUCUCGAUUUAUAUAAUGAAGACCCAUUUAUCAGAGUGUUGAUCAGUGGAAAGAUCUGA